CGCUGUGGCGCAUGCGCCGCGAGAGUUCUUUCCCGCUGACAGCAGGCCGAGGCCGCUGUCCUCGUGGAACAACGGAAGAAGCGGCGUCUCGCCUUCCCCCGCCCCCGCGCCCCCCGCGCCCUCCUCUCAGGACAAAAUUGGGAGCCAAGCCUGCACCUGAAGCCAUGAAUACAAACAACCAGUGGGAUGUGAACAAAGCAGUAACUCUUGCUAGCCUCUUCCAUUUUCUUUAUGGUGCAGGAAAUGCCUGUGCAAUUCCAUUUUUAACUUUGUACUUUCGGCAGCUUGGACUGACUGCACCAUUAGUAGGGAUUAUAAUAGGAUUAAAGCACUUAGUCACUUCUCUUUGGGCUCCACUGUGCUCCUAUUUAGCAAAAACUCACAAUAAGAGAAGAGUUCUCAUCAGCGGAUCGCUACUGUGCUCAGUUGGAGCAAGCUUGCUUCUUACUCUUGUCCCACCACCGAGUAAGGACAUUGUCUAUAGGUAUUGUAAUGUGAGCCAGCAUUCACAUAAAUUACUGGCAGCAAACCAGGUGUCUGAUGUAAAUGUGAACAGUCCGAGUACAAUGAAUGUUAACCCUGCCUCUGAUGACAAAACACUAUCUACUGAAUCAUUUGGAAUAAUCUCAAAGGACUUGAUUACUACUGGAAAGCCAAUAGUAACAAAUGCAGAAUUCAAAAUUUAUUCCACUGUUAAUAUCCCUUCUGUGAUCAAUAGUGGUGUCAACGUUGGUGAUACAAGUUCCCAGCAAUUCACUGAUGUUCCGUAUGGUGUGAUAUCUGGUACUUCUGGGAAAGAAGUUUCCCCAGGAGAACAACCGUUGGAGACACUGACUGUAAACAGGCCUGUGAAGGCAACUAGUAGCCCACCUGCUGAUAUGAAUAUUGAAGAAAAAUUUGCGGAAAACGACUCUUCAGAAAGAAAUGCUAACUUCUCAUUUUACACAGCUCCUGUACCUCUUAAAAAGACACAAUAUAUAUUCAAAAACUUGUCAGGUCGCUGGGAAAGAGCACAGGAUAUGAGCUCUUGGUUACUACAAGGCACUGACUUCUUGGACAGUGAGCACCAGGCCUUUCUUAUGGUGCUAGGUGCUGUUGUUCUUUGGGAGCUCCUGGCUGCACCUCUUGGAUGGAUGGUUGAGGACAGCCUCUAUGAGUACCUUGAUUUCGUUGAUGCAGCAGACAAAUAUGGAAAUCUUUGGAUUUGGAGUUACUUAGGAGCAUCUAUGGGUGUCUGUGGUGUAGCAGUAUUUGUGGAUCAGCUGAGUUGCUUCUUGAGCACGAAUAUCCCACGUUUUGCAGUGCAUUUUUAUGGCUAUGCCAUGUUGCUAACUUUAACGUUGGCUGUCAGUGUCUUCUUUCCCAUUCAUGUGUCCAAAAAAAGUGAACAUGUAAACAAAACAGUCAAAGCUUUAAACCUGAUUGGGAGCGAUGGCAGAACCAUCCUGUCUGCAGUAACCGUCUUCCUCACGGGUGCCAUUGGGUCAACUGUGCAGAAUUUUCUUUUCUGGCAAAUGCAAGACCAAGGCAGCAGUGAAUUAUACAUGGGUCUCUCAGUGGCCAUUGGACUGAUUGCCGAAAUCCUGCUCUACAUCUUCAAAAGCAAGUUACUAAGGGCUCUCUCAGCUGGUGGCACAGUUGCCUUGAGUUUAAGCUGCCUUGCAGCACAGCUGCUCUACUAUUCCUUCCUAUGGAACACCUGGUCUGUGCUGCCAAUCCAGAUCUUCUGUGCCUUCAGCAACGGUGCCUUGUGGUGGGCUGUGAACAUGCUGGCAGAUGACAUUGCCACUCCUGGCACAGAGAGGUCUCUCCACCUUGUCCUACAGGGCCUCUCAUGUGGCUGUGGAGCCAGUCUGGGAAGUUUUGCAGGAGGGUUUGUUGUGAACAGUUUUGGCCUAGCAGUGCUCUAUCGGGCAUGUUCCAUUACUUUAAUACUCUGGUUAUUCUUGUUUUUGAUUGUCCAAUCCAAGUUGCCACGUCAAAAAAGAAUUAAUUACUCCCGACUCCUAGCUGCAGAUUCUAGUGAUAUGAGUGACUCUGAUGAUGAUGAUAAGGAAAGGGACUGGCUGGUGAAAGCUAUGAAAGACGAGAACUUCUCUAGGAAUUGGUAAAAGUCUUGUAUUUCAUCGGUCUGUCGGGCAAAGAACAGACUUCGGAGGAAUAGGGUGAUGCUAUUAGAAAUGCACAUGGAAUCUGUAAGGAGCCGUUCUACUAGCAGUGGGAUUUUAUGAUGUACAUAUUUAUAAGAAAGCAAUUAUAAAGAUUUUAUAAAGAUUUUAUUUUCCUAAGAUUAAUUUAUUGCAAAAACUUGUAGCAUUUUAUUUGCUUUUCUAAGAUUUAAGUUUUCAUGAUCCAAAGAAAUGGGACUUUGACUAGUUUCUGCUGAAAUUAAUAGUUUUUCAGCUUCAAUAGUGACAAAAAUUGGUUAUCUUUAGAGACCCAGCUGUCCAUAUAGGAGAUUGUAAUUCAUAGCAAUUUAAUCUUUUUUCACUACUAGUUAAUUCCUAGUAGAUAACAUGCUGUCUCUUCUUUCAAUUUUGUCCUCAAUUGGGCACAAACUGCUGUAGAAACAAAUAUGCUGAUUCUUUAUUUUUAUGGAUCCAACAUCUUUUUGGAAACUAGCACUUUAAAUAAGUGGGCCUUGAUUCUGGAAUAAAAUUGUCUAGUAGCUAUGUAGAUUUUAUUGCUGGCAAAGUAUGCAGCUUCCUUUGGUCAGUAUUAUUCUGAAAGAAAAUAUUCUUUCAGAAUAUCUCUUAUCUCCUGACUGGGAACUUCCAUACAGUAAAAACAUUUCUUUUUAAACAUCUCACAUCUGUAAUGUGAAUAUAAAAUCUACAUUGGUUAGAUUGCACAUGCAGUUCACAAAUCUCUCAUCUACUUUCUAUCCUGCAUUAAUAGCAUAUGUGGAAAUACUGAGUUGUACAAGUUAACUCCUGGCCCCCUAUCAUUAGACCCAAUGGAUGAGGAAGCAAAGUUUCUAGGAUGUAAGGCUUUGCCCCCUUAGGUGAUGGAUAUUAAAAAUCAUUUUUUAGUACUCAUAGGGCUUUGCUUAAACACUGUGAGAGGAAUUCAUUGUCAAGCUAUUAUAAUUGUUCCAUCAGCAUAAGCAUUUCUGCUUGCCAGAUGGAACAGUCAUCCCUCUCCUAAGUCCACCCCAGAGCCAAUGAUGGGCAGGAACAGAGGGAGGGAAAUCCCCAUUGUGCUAGCAGGACUCAUUGCGUUGGCUCUUUCUAGCACAACAGUUUAGUUGAAUCCAGCCCUCUGCCAUAAUCUAGUUUGACUGAUUCAGUUUACUCAGGCAAGGGAACAAGUUAACCAAUGCAGAGGGCUACAAAUCCCACGUUUGCCUGAGAGAAUAUACACUUUAAGCUUUAUACGUGUGUGUUUGAGAAGAGCUGUAUCUUUAUUUCAUAGGGGAAUCAUGAUUCAGAAGGGUGUUAGAAGCAUCAUGGGAAGUUGGAAGGUGGCCUUUCAAAUGCACACUACAGAGAAAUCCACCUUUUACUUUAAAUUGUCACACAUUUCAAGCUAUUAGAAAAUUUGCUCUCAUUUCUCCAGUGCAAACUGUGCUGCUACUAACAAGUUGUCUUUGAUGGGAGGAAGCUUUAAUAGGAUGUUUUACUGUUCUGCAGUAGCUUGUCCCCAUGCCACAGCCUUGAUCCAAAUCAUCUUUCUAUAGGUGGUAAUAGCCAUGGAGAGGGCAAUCUACAGACAAAGGUUUAUGCCCAAAUGUUCCCCUUCCACAGCUAAUAGCAACUUCAUGAAGCAGGAACAUUAAAC